AUGGUGCCAGCAAAGUUGCGUGUUCGAAAAGCGGAUUGGUUGUGUAAUUCUCAUCGCAUGCAUUUUAUUCGACAUCUAAAUGGAUCUGGAUAUAGAUGGAUCAGGAUGAAGUUGAUGUCGCACCGUCACAGCUUGGAACUAAAGCUUAGUAGCUGGGACUCUAGAUACGAAGUAGAACUGCAGAAUUUCUCAGAAUGCGGUGAUGAAGGAGAGAUUUGGUUUGGGCGAAAUGCUGAAAAGAGAAUUAUUGAUUUUGUCGUAUCAAAUGUACCGACUACUGCCAGCAUCCUUGAUUUAGGUUGUGGAAACGGCUCCGUACUAAGGAGAUUGCGUUCUAGUGGAUACACGCAACUGACAGGUGUGGAUUACUGUCCAGCAGCUAUUGAAUUGGCGAAUCGUAUAUCAGAAAAUGAACAACAUAAAACAAACAUUUCAUUCAAGGUCGUGGAUAUUCUUUCAUCAGGAUCGAAGGACGCGUUUUCCAAUCAUUACGACGUCGUGCUUGAUAAGGGGACUUGGGAUGCGAUAAGUCUUAGCAGUGAUAGGGAUGCUCGACUUAUCGCAUACAGAAAUGCAGUUGUUGCAGCGCUGAGAACCUCUGGGCAGUUUGUGAUUUUCUCUUGCAAUUUUACGACGGAGGAACUAUGCAAAUUUUUCGGUGAUGGUUCUGCCCUAAUCUUUCACUGUGAAAUCCCUGCCUCCCACACGUUCAGCUUCGGUGGUCGACAAGGAGUAACUUCCACUGGUGUUGUUUUCAGAAAAAUUGAUGAAAUAAUUAUGUGA